GAUACAAGUAUACAAGUACGCGGGGAUUAUAAAUAUUGCUACAAUUACAGCUCACCCUCAUUCGAUAUUUCCGGCAGAAAGUAAGGGCGGAUGGACGCUUCAAGAAACGAACCCGGCACCGAGUCCAUGUUGUCGUGCCGGAGGAAGAGCAACUACGACCCCAAAACCGGGAUCUACCACUCCCUCAUUCAGCUCGAAGGAAGCCACAAAAUCCCUACUACGGCCAACCUUGACACAGCUACGUUUGUGUUAUCUCAGUUCCCGAGUCUAGACCAAUCCGACAUGAAGGUCGCGCUUAUAGACUCCACCACAAACCGCCGUCUCACUUACAGGGAACUCCGACGAUCAAUCCACUCGUUAGCAGCCGGGUUGUACCAAAGAUUCGGCGUCCGUAAGGGCGAUGUGAUCUUUGUUUUGUCAUCGAAUUCAAUCAUCUAUCCAACCAUAUGUUUAGCCAUACUCUUGGUCGGCGGAGUUCUUACAACGUCCAAUCCAAUCAACACAGAAUCUGAGAUAACCAAACAAGUACUCGAUUCCGGAGCCAAACUAGCUAUCGCUGCACCUGACGCGAUGCAUAAACUACUCUCGACUGGAAUUCCUACCAUCGUCACUACUCGUGAUCCGUUAAACAGCACUGAAGUCUCUGUGGAAGAAUUAAUCAAUUCAUGUGAUCAGUCCAUGGAGUUGCCGGAAAACAAACAGACUCAGUCAGACACGGCAGCCGUACUGUACUCGUCGGGGACGACAGGGACGAGCAAAGGUGUAAUACUAACACACGGGAAUCUUAUCUCUACGAUAACACUACUCAAAUGGGCUGCUGAAACAACAGCAGCCAAAGAUGAUAUUUUUCUGUGUUUUAUACCCAUGUUUCACAUCUACGGUUUAGUAUUUUUUGGCCUCGGAUUACUAUGUGCUAACACCACAACAGUGUUGAUGAAUCGAUUCGAAUUACAAGCCAUGUUAGAAGCAAUACAAACUCAUAAAGUCAAUAACAUUCCAGCAGUUCCUCCUGUUAUACUUGCAAUGGUGAAGUACAAUGGAGGUGGAUAUGACUUGUCGUCUUUGAGAAGUGUGGGUUCAGGUGCCGCACCCUUGAGCAAACACGUGGCUACUAGGUUCAGAGAAAAGUUCCCAUGGGUUGACCUAAAGCCUGGGUAUGGGCUGACCGAGAGCUGUGGGGCAGCUGCUUUCUUUGUUUCAAGUGAAGAAGCCAUAGCUCGGUCAGCCGCUUCAGGAGGUUUGUUUCCAAGUUUUUCUGCGAAGGUUGUUGAUUUCGAGUCAGGGAUUGCUCAACCUCCUUAUAGCGAAGGUGAGAUAUGGUUGAAGGGGCCGACUGUGAUGAAGGGUUAUUUAGGAAACGAGGCUGCAACUUCUGCAACCAUUGUUUCCGAUGGGUGGUUGAGGACCGGUGAUCUUGGUUACUUUGAUGAAGAUGGUUAUCUUUUCAUCGUUGAUAGGAUCAAGGAGCUCAUAAAACAUAAUGGGUAUCAGGUAGCUCCCGCAGAACUGGAAGCGAUACUACUAAAUCAUCCUCAUAUACUUGAUGCAGCAGUUAUUCCACUUGAAGAUGAAGAUGCAGGAGAGAUACCAAUGGCGUACAUAGUUAGGGCAUCUGGUUCGGAACUCACUGAAGAGCAAGUCAUGCAAUUUGUUGCUGGCCAGGUGGCUCCAUACAAGAAGAUCAAGAGAGUAGCUUUCAUAAACGAAAUACCAAAGUCGGCUGCUGGCAAGAUUCUGCGAAAAGAUCUAAUUGCUCAAAGUAAACAGACCGUUAAAUCCAAACUGUAACAAAUUAAGAUAAAAUGAUACAACCAUGCCCCAGCUGGUUCACGAUUAGCAGAUCAUAGAAUAUAUGUAAAUAUUUAGCUGAAUAUUAUUCGGUCGAAUAUCAAUGAAAUAAGCAAGGUGAAUGAUAAAACA